AUGAUAAGUAAUAAAAGAAAAGAAAUCGAUACUAUUAAUGAACAUCAUGAAAAAAAUAAUGAUGAUAGUGAUGGCAUUGAUAAUGGUUUAUUAACAUAUAAAAAGUUUAAAAAAGAUUUUGAAAGUGGUUCAACAAAUUACAGAGAAUUACAAAUAAUUGCAAAAUCAUUAGGUUUAGCAAGUAAUGGUAAAAAACAAUUAGUCUAUAAUAGAAUUGAAGGUUAUUUUUUAUCAAAAAAAGUAAAAAACAAUCUUACAAAUAAUGAAACCAAUCGACAAGUAGAAAAAAAAAAAGAACAACAACAACCACAACCACAAGAAAAACAAUAUAUAUUAACAUUUAAAGAUGUUGAACCAGUUGAAAUUUAUUUUUGGAAAAUAUUUAGAAAUAUAGUAAUAUUUAAACACAUAUUUUCAAAUUUUAAAAGUAAACAAUACAGUUAUUAUGAUUUAAUAGGUUGUGAUGAAAUCCUUUUAAAUGGAAAAAGUAAUUCAAUGGAAAUAAUUAUAGAUAAUAUAAAAAGCUAUAAUCAUCAAAUAAUAAGAAAUGAAAGCAAUAUUAUAGACAUUAUUAAUAAAUUUAAAAAAAACGAUGAAAAAACAAGAUCAUUUUAUAAUUUAUUAUUUUCAAGAUAUUCAUCUACAUCAACUUCACCAUCAACACAACUACCUUCAACUAUUCAAUUCGAUGGAAAUAUUGAUAUAUGGAUUCAAAGAAUGAUUGAAAAUGUAAAUUACACAGCACUAGAUCAAUUUAUUAAAUUUUUUAAAAUCGAUUCAGAAGUUAUUAAAAAAGCUAUAAAAAUUCAUAUUGAUCCAUCAUUCUUUGGUAAUACUACAUAUGAUAAAUUAAAAAUUUACAAUUACUUAAAAUCAAUUAAUAGUAUUCCAACAUCACAUACAUUAUUAUCAACUAUUAGCAUCAAUUUUUCAACACUUCUUUCAUUCGAUAAUAAAUUUAAAAAACUUAUAAAAUCUUAUAAAAGAUUAAUAGAAUCAACAAACUUACAAGAACAACAAGAACAACUAGAAAAACAAGGAAUAAUUAAAAUACAUCCUAAUAAAAAGUAUUAUGAAAAAUUAAAUCAAAAAAUAUUAGAAUUAAAUGAAAUACAAACAUCACAAUUUACAAAUUAUCAAUUAAAUUCAACAAUUAAAAAAUUAUUAAAUCAUACCACUCCAACCUCAACCUCAACCUCAACCUCAACCUCUACAUCUACAUAUACCUCAACCUCUACCUCUACCUCAACAUCAUUAAAAACAACCAAUCUCACAAUAAUAUCUACAGAAAGUAAUUACAGCAGCACUAACAAUAACAACAAUAAUAUUAAUUUAAAAGAAAUUAUUAAAAAAUAUUAUAAAUCAAUUUAUUUAUUUAUUUAUUUCACAAUUAAUUCAGCAAAUAAAACUAUUUUUAGAAAACCAUUACUUUAUUAUUUAUAUUUUAAAAAAGAAAGGGUAGAUAAAAUGUAUGAGCAUGUUAUCAAAAAAUGGAAUGGUAAUAUAAAAAUUGAAAAAAAUGAAAAAUUCGAAUUAAUAUCAAAUGUUUUAAAUAAUAAAUAUGUGAAAACUUUUAAAUUAAAAGAUCUUCAUAUAUUUUUUGAAGCAGUAUUUUCAAGUAAUGAUAUAGAGUUAAUUGAUUAUUUUUUAAAAAUAUUAAAGCAACAACAACUCAAUCAAACACCAGAAACAACUACCUUCCCAGUUAUUGGUAGUUUAAUAAGCGAUUAUUGUCAUUUUAUCGAUAAAAAAGAAAUAUUAGACUUUUAUUUUCAAAAUUACAGAGAUGAAUGUUUAUUAUUUAAUGAUCAAAAUCAAACUUGGAAACGAAUUCAAUUAGGACUUAUUGAACAUUAUGAAUAUUUAACGGGUAGUAUUGGAAACAGAUGCAAUUUUGAUAUUUUCCGUUGGUUUGAUAGUUCAAAAUUUUUAGAUCGAUUAAAUAGAACAAUUGCAAAACCACUCUUAUACUAUUUUGAUUUUCGUGGCACUAUUAAUUUUAAUUUUAAUUUUAUUUUCAAAGGGCUAAUUGAUUCGAAUACGGAAGACUCCAAAGAAAAUUCAAUUAUUCACUUUUUAUCAAAUGCACAAUUAAAACAUCCAUUAUAUGUUUCUCCAAUUUUAGAAUCUAGUUUUAAUCGAUAUAAAAAAUCUAUUGAAACAAAGUUAAAAGUAAUUAAUUUAAAAACUGAUAAUAAAAACUUUGAAGAAAUUAAUAGUGAAAUUGUACUCACCACCACAUUGACAACCACAACAACUACCACAACAACAACCACAACAGGAACAACAGCAACCGCAACAAAUCUUUUAUCAGCUAAAAAAGGUGAAGAUGUUGGAUUUUUCAUUAUUGGCCAAACAGAAUCAUUCAAUUUUACAGUUUCAAUUAGAAUAUUAUUAGUUUGUCUUUACAGACUAGAUAGAGUUGAUGAUAUUAUUUAUCUUUUUGAUAAAUUACCAGAAGUUUUAUUUAAUCCUGAUUAUUUUUCAAUUUUUACAAAAGAACAUUGUUUGUAUGGUAUAUCGUCAAGUUAUUACCUUGAAUUAUUUAUCAAUUAUUUUAUUGAAAAUCUAAAUAAUAAUACAAUCAAUUAUCUUUAUAAUUGUCUUUGUAUUGCUUCUAAAAAAGGUUACACUCAAAUAUUUAAAAACAUAAUAUCAUCCGAUCAUAAUAGUAAAUAUUUAUUAAAAAUUCGAACUAAAUCAAAUCAAUCAUCAUUAUUUAGUUCAAAAUUAUUAAAUGAUAUAGUUGUCAAAUCAAUAAAUUCAUUAAAUUUUGAAUUAUCAAAUCUAUUAAUAGAUUUUAUUGAUUUCUCAGAAAAAGAUAAAAAUACUUUAAAAAUGAAAAUAAUAAAAUCAAAAUAA